AUGAUCGUUCAACGUGUCUCGUCGUUUUUCUUGAAAAAGCCUCUCCUCAUGCAAGGUUUUGUAUCGGGAAUGAUCGCGGCCUCCGGUGAUGCGAUUUGUCAACUGGUGAUAGAAGGUACACCGAUCGAGAAGUACAACUUUUUGCGGACAACACGCUUCUUCGCUCUUGGAGGUCUUCUCGUUGCUCCUACUUUGUAUCGAUGGUUUCGCGUUUUGGACAAAAUCAAACAUGGAGCUCCUUACACACAUCCAAUCAAACGGGUUUUGGUCGAUCAGCUCUUCUUUUCACCUGUCUUCUCGGUCAUUUUCUUGAUGGUACUGCGUCUACUUGAAAACCGAAGUAUUGAUGAAUGUUAUGCACUUGUUUCUCGAGAUUGGUGGCCUCUGUGGAAAACGGGAUUGAUGUUUUGGCCUUUCUUUCAGCUAGUGAACUUCUCGAUUGUUCCGAUUCAUUAUCGCGUCGUGACGACUAACUCCGCCGGAUUGUUAUGGAAUUGUUAUGUCUCUUAUCGCACUCAAAAACGU